AUGACAUCGCAUGGCGCGUGGCUUGUCGAGUUCUAUACGCCUUCCUCUACCCCAUGCCGCCAAUUUGCGCAGAUGUGGUCCAAGUUGGAGGUCAGCAAGGACGGAUACCGCGAAGAUUCCACGGCGCCUUUUACGCUGGCACGUGUGAAUUGUAUGGUGUCGAUGGACCUUUGCGAUCGCGAGCGGAUUGAAGCCUACCCGCAGGUUGUUUUGUACGAGGACGGGUCAAAGACGAACGGAAACGUGGACGUGGAAAGGUCUUUGGAAGCGUUUUCCACCUAUAUCGACACCGCUGCACAGGCAUACAAGCAGAAGAAAGAAGGAAAUGUGAGUAGCUCGGGCGCAUCCGGCACCGCUGCUCCAAGCGCUUUGGCAAAGGCGAGCGCGACGCCGCAGCCCGCAGCCCAAGCCCGCUUCGACGGGCCUGUCUUGGGCCUUGUUGAGUUUGGCACUGCGCCGAUCCAGGAUGCCAAGGCGCUCGAGACGUACCUGGGCGAGGACCGCGGACAGGGCGCCUCGUUUGUGAAAUUCUAUGCACCUUGGUGCCCGCACUGCCAGGCCAUGGCCGCCGCAUACGAAGAGGUUGCUGCGAGUGUGCAAGGACAGCUCAACGUCCUUGCCGUAAACUGCGUGACGUACAGCGACUUGUGCGACAAGUACGAGAUCAGAGGGUUUCCCACCUUGCGCCUCUAUAGGAAUGGUACCGCCGACCGCUACGUCACGGGUGAGCGGACAAAGUCGGGGAUGCUCAAAUGGCUUGGGCAGAAGGAUGUAUACACUCCGCUGAAACAGGUGCAGCUGUCGAAUAUGCAAGAGGUCAUGCGCAGCUCGCCCGUCUCCUUCCUCUACUUGCAGGCACCGUCGGUAUCGGCAAGCGAGAAGGACGCGGUGGAGCUGGCCGUGCAUGCAUCCAAAGGGCCGCUCCAGCUACUCUUUUCCACAGAUGUAGAGCUCCUUCGUCAGUUUGCGCCGCUGCUGGGCCAGACCGGCGCAGGGUACACGAGCGUUGGCUCGCACAUCCUGGUGUUCAAGGACCACCGCUACGACCGCCCCGCUGCCGUGCUUCCGCUUGCCAAGGCGUUUCAAACAGGGUCGGACCACGCGCCAAAAGAAAUUGCAUCGUGGAUCGAUUUGCAGGGCCAUCCGCUUCUCUCGGAAGUUACGGGAGUCAGCGUCAAGGAUAGCUUGCAGAGCGGCGACAAGCCGUUUGUGAUCGGCGUGCUGGGAAGAGAGGCCAAUUCAAACAAGGCUGCUUCCACGAUCACUGCACAAAUCCAGGCCAUGCGUGAGCUUGCGACGGCCUGGUCGGCCAAGAGCCAGACCGUGCUGGAGCAAUCGCUACGUUUUGUGUGGCUCGACGCAGGCAAAUAUCCUUCGCUGCUGCAUGAUGCGUUUCGUAUCAAGGCGGAGCAAACCCCGCAACUCGUCUACCUCAAUCCCGCAAAGCAUCGCAUGUAUGUAUACACACCAUACGCGAGCGAAUGGCUCGAUACUCUGCACGCAACCCAAUGGCUCCAGCAAGCGACCAAAGGGCAGUUGCAAGGCAGCACGUACGGCACCGUACUGGACCGUACCAUGAGCUCUGUACGUGCUUCUAACGCGACGACCGCUAUGAAUUCGCACCCGCUUAUUGUCAUGUUUGUGGUGCUUGCUGUGGUAUUGCUGUGCAUUCCAAAGGUCCGCAGAGCGCUCUUCCGGCGAGAUCCGCACCCGUACAACAAAAUGGUUUAG